UGUCUAUAAACACAACGGUGCGAAUGUUGGAAGAAUGGAAGCAAACCAAAGGCCAAGAAUGGCGGCAAAAACAAAUAAACUUUAAAAAAAUAAUUCCUCAUCUUCCUCAUUACACUAAAAAAAUUGUAGAGUAAUAUUUAACCCCCAUUUGUCUGCAUCAUAAUAGUAACAAUUUUUUUUUUUUGAAAUCAAAGAUGGUGAGUUUGAGGUUAAGGUGAAGAGUUUCCUAAGAGGGUUUGGUCUUGUAUCUCUUUUUCUGUUUUGCCUUUUUGCUAGUCAUUGACAAGGAAAGCCAGUGACUUUCAAAGGGUUUUUUCUUUUUCCAUUUUUAGGGGUGUGUGUAGUGGAGGAGGGUGCUAUUAAUGGCUUUAGCCUUUUGGACAAGGCAACAAUAUCAACCCUAGAUGAUGGAAAACUCAAAAAUUUGCUAUACUAUUUGUUACAGUUACCAACUGUAGAAUACUGAAUCAUUCUCUUCUAAGUUUAUGAUGGGUCAUCAUCAAGAUCUUCACUGUUCUGAUGGUGGGGCUAACAAAAUGCUUUGUUCUACUGAUGAAGCUAGUCUUCUUCCUCCACCUCCUUCAGCAGCUGUUGUAAGGAGUUUGCAGCCUUUUGAUGUUGUUACCAACUCCCAAGGAGGAAUGGCUACUGCACUGGGGUACCCUUUUACAUGGGCACAGUGGAAGGAACUGGAGAGGCAAGCUAUGAUUUAUAAGUACAUGGUCUCAGCUAUGUCUGUUCCUCCAGAUCUCCUCUUAUCAAUUUCCUCUGGAGCUUCACAUACUACAUCGGCUACUGGAUCAGUACAAGGCCAGCGAUACACAACAAAUAUAAGGGAUCUAGAGCCAGGAAGAUGCAAAAGAACGGACGGCAAAAAAUGGAGAUGCUCGAGAGAUGUAGCUCCUCAUCAGAAGUACUGUGAGCGCCAUAUGCAUAGAGGUCGUCCCCGUUCAAGAAAGCAUGUGGAAGUUCAUGCCGGUGUUAGCAACGCCAGUGACAAUAAGAAGACUCGCCUUCAAGUUGAAUCUAUUCCCACCACAACUGCUAGUCAAAUCAACAACCGUUCAACAAAGCAGCCUUUUAGAUCUACCUUUCAACAAAUUCAGAAUCCCCUGUCUUUCCAUGUUGAUAAGAUUGGGGGAAAUGGAAUUAUCUCCACUGAUUCCUCUUUUAAUGAACUACACAGAAGUUCCGGCUGGAUGAUGGAAGGUGAGUUGGUAGCAAAGGCUGGUUCUGGACACCAAUGGCAACAUUUGAUGGACUCAAACGCAGGUUACUCAGCGCAUGGCUACAGGGAAGAGGCAUUGAAUUUUUUGGUUAGUAGAGAUAUGGAAAGAACUGAGCACACCGGUGAGUUCAAUUUCAUGACAAAUCCUGAAUUUGUAAAAGAUACCUCUAGGGACUUGAUUAACGGAUGGUCCAAUGAUAAUGUCUACAACAAUAGUAACAAUGAGAAUUUGGAGGCUUCGUUGUGGCCAUCGCUAGGGGAUAUCUCGUCAUCAUCGCUUACUUUGUCUAUUGCUAUGGCUGCUGGUGAUGUCCUUGAUGAGGAUAUGGGAUUGGACAGUAGAUUCAUGAAUACAAAUCAGCACAAAUUCUGGGAGAACAGUUUCCCUUUUGCAUCUGGAGGACCAUUGGCUGAAGUUUUACAUCCUAGCUCAUCUUUUAGUCUCGGUGACAACCCAACCUCAUCAUACACAAGCAAUGGCGAUUCGAUCAGCCCUGCAGCAACGACUGUCUCAUCACCAUCUGGGGUUCUUCAGAAGACGAUGUUUUCGCACUCCGAUGGCAGUGUUUGCAACAGCCCAAUUCUCGCAGCUCCAAGUAAUAAUAUUACACCUGAGACUGUUCAAUUCCAGUGGUUAAGAUAGAAUGCAUGCCAGAAAGAAAGGAGGGGCGAUCCUUUUGUUUUUGUUUUUUGUGUUGUUUUUACUUUUUCUUGCUUUCUAUCAACUAAAGCCAGAAGUUUACGAAGUGACUAUCUUAAGGUUCCAUUUCAGGCAAUUCUCAGUUCCCAAACAAAAGAUGAAAGAACUUUUAAGCUAUUACUAUCCUACAAGUAUGUACACUUGUUUGUAUGUCCUCCUGAGUGUAUAGUUUUCUGCUUUGCUUAUGUUCUUGAUUCUUGAAGUGUUGUGUGUGCGUCUGGACACAUCAAAAAUGAAUUAGAAUGAUUUGAUUUCA